AAGUUUUGACUGCAGGGUGAGGUGAGGAUUUUAUAUAUGGUGGUACCAUGGGAGGGGUAUGGGGGGAUGGAUUUGAAUUUUCAUUUACGGUUGGUUUGUUGUGAUGUAAAAUGUUUUUUAAAGAGUGUUUUAUUUUUUUGUUUGGUUACUUUUCACAAUUAGUAAAUUAUAUUUUACGUUGUUUGGAGCCUUUGUAAUAAAAAAUUACAGGUGAAAAUUGACAUACAGGUUUGUUGAAGUAAGCAAUUUUAUGUACAUAUAUAAACAAGAAAAAGGUUCAGAAUUUUAAUCAAACAUGGAAAAGCAAAAGAAGAAAACGGUUCAGAAUUUUAAUCAAACAUCGAAAAGCAAAAGAAGAAAAACAUUUUACUGUGUGAAACUAAAAAAAUCUUAUAUUCUGGUCCAAAGGCCGUAAUGAGCGACAAAAAAGGUUAGAGCAUCCGGGGGCAUGAAGUUUUAGGGUGAUAGUGUGUCAGUGUAGGGAGAGGGAGGUGCGGUUUGCAGAAACAAAUAGUGUUGUUUUUGUGGGCUUUGCAAUCACUAUUUAUACCAUUCUUUAACGACGGAGUGGUAUGAAUACUCCAUAAAAUUUUUUUCUAGGACAAAGAAAAAAAAAACUGCAGCUGUUAGUUCAAAUUUUUGAAGAAAGGAAAGGAAAAAAAUAAAAUAAUAAUAAAAUAAUAAAUAGAUAAUGAGAUAAUUAAGUUUCACGAUCCACGCCUCAGAACAUAUGCAUAAAAAAAAAAAAAUAGAGUAUCACAUAACUUUUUAACUUAUGUGAUGCUGCUUUAAAAAAAAAAAAACACCCUGUCUAUCUGGAUGAACUCCUUCCGGCGGGAGUUUGGUGUCCUCUAAUCUAAAAGUUAGUACUGUUGCGUACCAACUCAUUCACAUAUGAUAUGGGAUGACACUCUCAUUGCUAGGUGGUGCCUAAUGCACCAGUCUUUAGCCUUCAGUAUUUCUCUACCAAUAUCGGUUACACACACAUAUAUAUAGACCAGUUUCUUCCAGAUAGAUUGCAAAAACAUGCAUGCUACCUCUCAACCAGCCUAUACGCACUCUCGUCCCUCCUAUUCUCCAAACGCUCAGCCCAACCCUCACAACCCUUCUACAAACCACCACAGACCCCCUAAAGCUCCGUCAAAUUCAUGCUUACAUGAUUGUCACCGGCAUCAUUCAAAACACAUUUGCUGCUACUCAAUUACUAUCCUCUCCGGCACUCCUAGACUACCAUUACGCUUCUUCAAUUUUCUCACGCAUUUCUCGUCCUGAUCUCUUCACAUGGAACACCAUCAUCAAGAAACUGUCACGGAACAACACAUUUCCAACAGACCCACCUCUUUUAAUCUAUAAGCAGAUGCUUGUUACUGGUUUAAGACCCAAUGGGCACACUUUCAUGUACCUAAUCAAGGCAUUACAAGACCUCCGGGAAGGUGAAGAAGUUCAUGCAAAUGUUAUAAGAACUGGGUUUGGGUCUAGUGAGUUUGUUUCAGGAUUGGUGUUGUGGACUGCGAUGAUUCGGGCCUAUGCUUGCGUGGAACUUCCUAUGGAAGCGAUGGAAUUGUUUCGGAAGAUGGGGGAAGUUGAUCUUAUGCCUGACCCGGUGGCGAUGGCUACUGUUAUUUCUGCCUGUGGUCUGUUUGGGGACCUGGGGGUUGCUCAGUUGAUUCAUGGUUUUGUCAUCAAGACUGGACUAUAUAUAGACCCUUUUGUAUAUAGCAGCCUUUUGGGUACAUAUGGAGACUCUGGAAAUUUCGAUCUUGCACACCAGCUAUUUUUGGAUAUCCCAGUUAAAAAUAUUGUGAUUUGGAAUGCUAUAAUUCAUCAAAGUUUCGAGCACAAUAACUUGGAGCUCGCAAAGUUGCUAUAUAAAUCAAUGCCAGAGAGAGAUUUGGUGUCAUGGAACACGAUAAUUGGAGGACUAUCUCGUGCUGGUGAAUCUAAGGAGGCUUUAGCAUUGUUCCAGGAGAUGGAGUUUGUUGGUGUGAAACCGAAUGUAUCAACUCUGUCAAGUGUUCUGUCUGCCUGCGUUAGUGUUGGAGCUCUGGACAUAGGCACAAAAAUAGAUGCUUAUAUACAGAGAAGCAACUUUAAUUCAGAUGGGGAAUUGGACUCCAGCCUCAUUGAUAUGUACUCAAAGUGUGGCAACAUUGAAAAGGCUAUGCAAAUAUUUGACAAGUCUCCAAGGAAAGAUAUCUUCUUGUGGACAUCGAUUAUCUGUGGGCUAGCAACGCAUGGACAAGGGAAGGAGGCCCUAGACUACUUCUCUAAGAUGCAAGAAGCCAUGCUUCAACCUGACGAAGUCACGUUCACGGGAGUCCUCAAUGCUUGUGCUCAUGCUGGAUUGUUAGAUCAAGGGUGGGUCCAUUUCUGUUCCAUGGAGAAAUAUUACAAUCUGAAACCCAAGGUUGAACAUUAUGGGUGUAUGAUAGAUCUUUUAGGCCGAAUGGGUCGUCUAUCAGAGGCAUAUGAACUUAUACUCGAAAUGCCCAUGGAAGCCAACAACGUAGUAUGGAAAGCCCUGCUUAGUGCCUGCCGCGUCCACAAGAAUGUAGAUCUAGGUGAGGUUGCAGCCAGAAGGCUACUUGAGCUUGAUCCUUCUGAUUCUUGGUCUAGACUAAUGCUGUCAAACAUGUAUGCCGAAGAUUGUAGGUGGGAUGGGGUCAUGAGGUUACGUGAAGAAAUGAAAGCCAAGGGGUUGAGGAAUUCUGCCGGCUGUAGCUCAAUUGAGGUGAAUGGAACAAAUAAUGGAUUUCUUAUUGGAGAAGAUUCAGAAGUCAAUGCUCUAAAGUAUUGAAAAGGUCUCUAAGCUGUGAUGCUAUCCAAGAACAUCAAUUUAUGCUCAUCUGAUUUCAAUGCAUACUUAAGUUAGAGAUUGUUGCAAGCUUAAUUUUACCUGAAAUGAUUGUUUGCCAAGGAAGAGCAAAUUUCAAGGAGUUGGUAAAGAUUUCUAAUUUUUCAACCCCUCAGAAGUUUUUGCUUCACCGAACAUGGCAUUACUGAUGAUCACACCAUCAACUCCUUAUUUAUCCAGAGCACUGAAAGACAGCUUGGGAAGCAACUUAAGUCAGAUAAACAGUUAAUUUUGAGGUCGCCAUAGUGUGAAUCGAUCAAGGUCAGUAUUAGGGAUUAAACAAUCUGCAAACUGUAAUGAUAAAAACUGACCAAGAUAAGGAGACAUGAGACAUGCAUAGUACAACUAAGAUUAUGCAUAAAGAUAAUAUUUACAUUAUCAUUUUUGUAAAUAUAUCAAUUGUUUACUGUCACGCUUCCGGAAACGCCUUUUCUGGAUGCGUGACAUUUAUUAUGUACUCUUUAUAUGGAUAUUGAAUACUUGAUACAUGUACAUGUACAUGUAUGAGAUAGCUAACCCGAACCAAGGAUGGGAUUACUUGCAAUCUGCUUGGUGUGGGUUUGAAAUGUUCAAUCAUCAGCAUAUUGGUUGUUGGAUGGGAUCAUGUGACUUGUCCGGAUGAUGUUUUAAGCUUGUGGAGGUUUUAUGCUUGCUUUCCUCCCAACCCAACCUUAACCAAAUGUCACCCCUGGUGGUGGCAGUAUAAAUUACACAAAAACUGUUAUCUUCUUGUAAAUCAGUUUCCCGAGUCAUCCAUGAAUAUGUGACCCGUGCAUAUUCCAAGUAUUAGCUAACUUCCCCUUCUUCUAAUAGAGAGGAACUACCUUAAAAUGCAUUUACCAGCAAAUCUACAUCAAAACAGAUUGCCGAUCGAAAGGUCCAAUGAAGAAAUCAUCCCAUGUUACCCACCUUUUCCUCUCUGUAUAUACCUGCUAAACUUCAUUACAGUACAGAGUUCUUCCCAACUUGCAUUAUGAAAAAUAAAGUUUAUUUCACCACACUUCAAAAAGAGAAGACAUUGAUCACUUUAUUUUGGAGUCUAAGAUUACCUUUAAUUCAGAAACAUGUUUCCUUUUUAUUACUUUAGCUUCCAUGAGACUUUACCAUAGCCCUUCACAUGUAGCUUAAAGUAGUAAAUCAGGUUGUAAGUACUUGUAAGUUGGAGCACUUGGUGUGAUUUAUGCAGAAGAGUAAGUUUUGGUGCUUAUCAAUGAAGAUACUUUCUUUGUUUCUUUUUGUUUUCUCCGUUUUAAGUUUAUCACCAUUACUUGGAUUAGUUGCAUGUGAACUAGUCCUGUUUUAGUUUUAUUGGUGCUCUCUGACUUCCAAUUGCCUUCAGUAGAAUGUGUUACUAACAGGAAUUUUAUUAUUGUGACGAGCUUGCAGCAUUCAAGCCAUGCCUUUGUUUUUUUGCAGCAAGUAUUGGAAGUUCGAAAUGACGAAGCCU